UAAUUGGCCAGUAUGGACUUCAGUUUUCUCAAGAUAUUUCUGGUGCAGGUUGGCAUCUUUGUAGGUGCCUUAUUGAUUAGCGUUGUAACCAUCUAUUUCCUGCGGCCUUCAUUACUGAUUAUACUCUUGAAACGGUACGUUUAUUGGAGAAAUGGCUUAAAGCUGAGAUACGCUGAGCAUGAAGGCUACAAGUUCUGUUACUUCUUCCGAGGAAAGCCAAGCCUUGAUCCAUCUUUCUUGAUGCUUCAUGGGUUCUCACUCGACAAGGACAUGUGGCUACUUUCAAUUGUAGAUUUCCCUAAAGACAUCCACUUGAUCUGUGUUGACCUACCUGGACAUGGGGAAACCACUUGCUUGCCAGGAGACAGCUGCACUGCACUUGAUCAAGCUAAAAGGCUACACCAGUUUACUGAAUGCAUUGGUCUGAACAGAAAGCCUUUCCACCUGGCUGGCAUCUCCAUGGGCGGAAUGGUCGCUGGGGUUUAUGCUGCUCUCUACCCGUCUGAUGUCUGCUCCUUGUCCCUCCUUUGCCCAGCGGGUCUGAGGUAUCCAACAGAUAAUGAAUUUGUCCGUCAUCUGAAGAAACUGGAGGAAAGCCACAAGGUUGAAGGCAACAACCCUCUUCUUCCUUUGAAUAAACAGCAAACAAAAGAGCUUUUCAAACUUGGUGCAUACUAUCAGCUGCCAUUACCCCUACAGAUCGUAAAUGGAUUUCUCGAACUGCGGCUACAGGACCACAAAUUUAAUGAAAAAUGUUUUCUGGACUUAUCCGGUGGGGAGUCCAGGUAUGACCUUCAUGACAACAUGAGCAAGAUCAGAGCUCCCACACAGAUCAUCUGGGGAAAGGAUGAUAAGAUAUUGGAUCCAUAUGGGGCAGAAAUUUUAGCCAACGCUAUUCCGAAUACCCAAGUACACCUACUGGAGAAAUGUGGACACUUCAUGCCACUAGAUUGGCCCAAGGAAACCACAAGGCUCCUCUUGGACUUCUACAAAUCCAUUUGUUGCAUGAAGAAUAAGAAAACGGCAUAAGUCAAGAAUGAAGUAAUUUGGACACUGAGCUUCUAAUCUGAAGAGAAGAACAAUGGAAAUGGUGCUGUGGAUGUCUACAGUGGUUUGCUCAAGAAAUAGUCACUUUUCUCUGCAU